CCAAACCCAAACCCUACCCUCUCAUCCUCACUCAGAGGCAGAGGAGCCACACAACAUAUCCCAAACCCUACUGACCCUGCCGCUGGCAAUUUCGUCCGCUACCUCCCUCAAGACGAGGCCGUCGCAGCUGGCCUUGGCGCCGACGAUGGUGGAUUGGACCCCGUAGAGUCCCAGAGAGUCGUUGAUCUUCUCAAUCGAGAGUUGUCUCGCUUACUCAAGUUGAAACCCAGGGAGUUCUGGAAGCAAGUGGCUAGUGAUACUUCUUUGCAUGAGUUUCUUGAUAGCUUUCUGCAAUUUAAGAGCAGAUGGUAUGAUUUCCCUCAUCGCGGGGCCAAAGGUAUCGUCGCCGGAGUUAUUGUUGGAGAGCUUGAUUUGUGUCGACGGGUUUUCAUGGUAUUGUAUCGAAUUUCUUCUAAUAAGGAUCCUGGUGCUCGAGCUGCUGAUGCCCUCACUUUGAGAGAUCAUCAAGUUCUUUUGCAGGAGAAGAAGUUGCUUGAAUUGCCAAAGUUGUUUGAUAUAUGUGCCAUAUAUGGUCAUGAAAAUGAAGAAAUAACAAGAUUGCUGGUCAGAAAUGCUUUGAAUGCUCAGCCUUGGAUCCAUAAUGAUCUGACCACAGUAAUAUCCCAUUUUCUAGGGAUUGUUAGCACAAUGCAUGAGCGUUGCAGCUCCUCAUUGGAGGUGUUAUUUUCUUCUGGAAAUCCUGAUCACCAUAAUGCUACUUUUCUUCAAGCUGAUCUUUUGGAGGUGAUGGAUUUUUUGAAUGAUGCUAUUGUAUCGAUGGAUGCUUUUGUUUGUUCAUACAAACCAGCAGUUAUAUUCUUCUCUUGCCCUAUUGAAACAAGCUAUGGAAAUGAGGAACUGCUGAGCUUCCUUGCCAGAUUGCAUGAUUCACUGAUUCCAUCCUUGCAAAAGGGAUUCCAUAUCAUUUUUGCUGAUAGACAAGAUGAAACAGUAGCUAAUAUAGUAGUAAGUUUGAAGAUGUUAAGAAUGAGAUUAUUGAAGUUUGGGUGGCAAUUGUUGAGCUCUUGUUAUCUAAGUGAAGAAGUGUUUGGAGAUAGCAAUCCUCUCCCAGCUGCCACAAAGAUGUUUCCUGCCAAUGUGGAGGACCCACUCAUUAGAGCAGAUAUUCUGGUUCAAACAUUUAGAGAAAUCAAUUCGGUAUCAUUACAGCUUCAGGAAAGCCAUCAGAAGCAAACAUUUCUUCAAGAUCUUGAGAGGAGUUUCAAUAUAUUAAGCAGAAUGGAGAGAUUAAAGGAUAAUGGAUGGAUACUCAUCGAUGACGAACAGCUUCAAUAUUUAUCUGGGAUUUUUGGUUCUCCAAAAGAUAUACUUAAGGAGCCAGAUUCUACAAGAACCCCAGUGCCAAAUCAAACAUUGCAGAUGGAUGAAGAUGCUGCAAUUGUGGAGUCAAAAAUAAGUCAAAUUAGGGACCUCUUUCCUGAUUAUGGUAAAGGGUUUUUGACUGCAUGUCUUGAGGUGUAUGACCAGAAUCCAGAAGAGGUUAUUCAAAGAAUUUUAGAAGGAACCCUUCAUGAAGAUCUGAAACACUUGGACCCAACACUAGAGACGUUGCCAACAGGCAAGCCCACCACUGUGGGUGGGAAAGAUAAAGGAAAAGGUAAACUAGUUGAUUCUUCAUCUACAGAAGUUGUCAGUGUCAAGCAACAGACAGGGGGGCAAUUGAUGUCAUCCUCAGCUCCUGUAGGAAAAUUUGUGAGGAAAUCGAAGGAUGAUGAACCUGGUAUUGGUAUUCUGGAUAAAAAGGAUGACGAAAAUACAUCAAAAACUGCUGCUAUGGUUUUGCAAUAUGAAUAUGACGAUGAAUAUGAUGACUCUUUUGAUGACUUGGGUCUAAGUGUAGCGGACUCUGGAGUAGAGGAAAAUGAGACACUGGCUGAUCAAGUCAGUGCAAAAUCGGGUAAAUCAUGGACAACAGAGAUGGGAAACUCAGCCCAAAAUGCGCCUCAUUCAAAAUGGGGCUCCAGGAAAAAACCACAGUACUAUGUCAAGGAUGGUAAGAAUUAUAGCUAUAAAGUGGCAGGUGCAGUGGCGGUGGCAAAUUCUGAUGAAGCUUCACUAGUCAACCAAGCUCAGACAGAACUAAUACAUGGUCUUGGACGUGGUGGAAACUUUCCUCUUGGCGCAGUAAAGAAGCUGACAGAAGCCUAUAAGGAGGAUGAUGAUCAGUCUCGUGUUUCUGAAACAGAGGGAAGAGGGAUGUUGGGCAAACCUGGAAGCAGAGAAAGGAAGGGAGGGGGAAAACGAAAUGAGGUUCCGCCACAGCAGCAACAGCAACAGCAGGAUAAACAAUCUGAUGUCCCGGAGGCUGAAGGGCAAGGACAAAGAGGGAGAGGUAGAGGCAGAGGGAGGGGAGGAGGAGGAGGAGGAAGAAGCAAUCAUUACAGGAAGGAUCGAGCCAUGAAGAAGCAUUUCUCUGGAGUAGGUGGUUUUUAGGUGUACAUAUAUAAUCGUCGUCAUGCGUUUCUUCCUUUCAAUCUGAAUUUUUUGCAGCGGUGAAGUUGAUGAGGGUUAGUUAAUAGAUAUUUGUGCAUAACCCCUCGUCAAUUCAUGUUUCAUAGAUCUGAUGCCUUGUCAAAUCAUGUAUGUAUUGCUUUCGAGGAGGGGUUAGACUUUUGUUAAAGUGUGUGAUUUAUUCUUGUUUUCUGUUUAGUUAGUAGUCUAUUACGGACCAUACAGUAUAAAGAAUAGGAUAAUGUCGCUAAAGGUUAAUUCUGGUAACAAAAUUUUCCAGGAUGUUCAAUUCUCUGCAUGUACUAUGUAUGGUCUUCAGCCUUCACCCCUUGUUAGUAGGGACUCGGGCAUUUGAAUUCUCAUGAAUGAAUUUCAGGCAUACCAAAAAUUCGGUAAUUUGCCAUAACAUAA